AGUCUCCUUUGUCUCAUUCAUCUUUUGACUUUGGGACAAGAACCCUUGGAGCUAGGUUGAAGUGUGCUUUAUCUGGACAAGAUGGCUUCUCAGGGCAUACAGUUGAUGGGCAUGAUUAUGGCGUUACUUGGAUGGCUCUUGGUCCUAGUAGUGUGUGCUCUGCCUAUGUGGAGGGUUACGGCCUUCAUUGGUGCCAACAUCGUCACAGCUCAGAACAUCUGGGAGGGCAUGUGGAUGAACUGCGUGGUCCAGAGCACAGGACAGAUGCAGUGUAAGGUGUACGACUCCAUGCUGGCUCUACCCCAGGACCUCCAGGCUGCCCGGGCCAUGAUCAUCAUCUCCAUUAUCACGGGUAUAUUUGGUAUAUUUCUGUCUAUUGCCGGUGGGAAGUGCACCAACUGCAUUGAAGAGGAGAGCUCCAAGGCUAAAGCGUGUAUUGCGUCUGGAGUCCUUUACAUUGUGUCCGGUGCUCUCUGUCUCAUCCCUGUGUCCUGGUCAGCCAACACCAUCAUCAGGGACUUCUACAACCCCAUGCUGAUUGAGGCCCAGAGAAGGGAGCUGGGGGCAGCCCUGUAUAUUGGCUGGGGCGCUGCCACGCUGCUGUUAAUGGGGGGAGGGCUUCUGUGUUGGAACUGCCCCCCGAAGGAGGAUCACCGAUACCCAGCCAAGUUUUUCCCUAUGAGGUCCACCUCCACACCCAGGGAAUAUGUCUGAGAUGUCUGUCCACCUUAAACGGUGCUGAAGGACACUUUAGACAACUCUCAGAUAGCAUUUAACAUUUUGUAGAACACAUUUCUAUCUAAAUGGUUUGUUGGUAUAUACUGUUAAUAUUUUACUUAAACAGUUAUUUACUGUUACUAGAGAAUAUUCAGUACGUACAGUAUUUACUGUACAUGUACCAUACAUAAGUACACUUAUGUACACUGUACAAGAUUCUGGAUCCUUUCAUAUACUGUUUUAUUUCCGUUUCUAUAAUGCAUGUUUUAGCAAUCUUGGCUAUGAAUGUAAAUGCAGUAUUUAUGUGCAAACAUCUAAGCCAUCUAAACAUAAUAUUAUAACUGCUACAACGUUCUGGUGAGGUUUUACCAUAUAGGGUUGAAAAACCUGUCAGUUCAGCAGUUUUCAUUUGUUGCUGUAUAAACGAAUGUUCCGUGCAGGUGCCCACGUGCUUUGCUUGUUGUAGAUGUUGACCUUUGGGGUGACUUUUGUUUUGUGGUGAAAUUAGAUAUUCAGUUGGAUGGUCUGCUUUGUGUGCAUUACUGGUUCUAUUGUGAAAAUGGGUAUUACUUAAAAAAUACUUUUGGUUAAUUUGAAGUUUCUCCAGUCAUUUCUGGAGGGCCAACGAGGAAACAGGUUGAACUGGUUGAAUCCAGAACUACCAUAGAAUUGGGUAUAUCUUUCCCAUCUUUCCCAUCUCAUGUACAUUAUUAUGGUAGUCAGCGAAUGCUAUUAUCUGUGCUUGCAAAAAAAACUUAGAUAUCCAAGCCAACAGCAACUAAAGUGUGGGGCAAUUUCAUAGGUUACGCUGCCAAACCCUAACUUCAUUCCGUUUCAAAUAAACUCAUUCUAUAGAUUAAAAUGUGAAAAAAA